AUGAAUAUGAUUUGGUCCUUGUCCUUAAGGAGCUUACGCUCUAGCGGGGGCAGUCACAUGUAUACAGAUAAGUGUAUCACCACCUUUAAAACAGACGUUCAGCACGGGACCUGCCAGUGUUUAAUUGUGCCGUCGCGGGCAUUCGGCACUCUGCGCGCCUCGUCCCUGCUGCUCGCCCCGACGGCUGACCCUGCGGAUCUGCCAGCCGCGCAAAAUCCUCUCGAGUCCUUACAGCCGGCAAAUCCGUCUCCCCGAGUCCGGAGCCUACCUGCUCUUCAGUCCGACGCCUCGCCCCGCGCCUCCGAGCGCCAGCGGCAACAACCGUUCUCCCAACCUGCGCAACCGCGGGGCUCACGCCCGCCCGCCCGCCCCGUGCAAACCGUGUGCCGCCGGAGGCUCCGGGGCGAGCGCGCGCCUCCGCUGCCUCCGGACGUUCCUUUGUCUGCUUCUACCCUGGACCUCGAUUUUUAUUUAAUUCCUCCCCCGCCUCCCAGUUUUGAGAGCUCAGGGCCGCCUCCUCCAGGGCACCCGCGCGCGGCGCGCGCCGCCCCUGCGCCUUCUGCCAGCAGGCCUCCAGGGGCCGCUCCAGCGCGCGGUGGAGGGACGCCCCCGGCACCGGGGCCAGGCGCGGACAAUGACCCCUUCUCCCCUCGCCGCCUCCUCCUCCUCCCGACACCGCCCCCCGCGCAACCCCCAGGCAAGCCUAUUAGCCAUUCAGGCCGACAAAACCCCGCGGCCCCGCGCAUUGUCCCGCGGAGCGCCGGGCCACUGUCAUUAGCCCUGAUUACGCUGAGCCGCCUGACAGCCCCGCCGGCCGCCGGGCAGACCCCCCACUCACCGCCGCCCCGCGGCCCCGCCUCACAAUGGGAGCGGAAAUCGUCCGCGCCCCCGUGUCCCAGCUGA